AUAGCAUAUUAGCCAAAGAUGCUGCAUUUGAUUUCAUAUUCAGUUUGCAUUUGAUGAGAAUUAUACUUGGAUCGAGUCACUCAUGAGUUAUCACAAGCCCUACAAAAAGAUGAUCAGGACGUACAUAGUGAAUGCUAUGGAUUUAGUGAAAAGUGUGCAAGAGAAAAUUGCAAACUUUAAGGGAGAGUGGAUAUGUGUUCAUAUUAGUGUUCCAAACUCUCUGUUUUUCUAGGUAUGUGCUCUAUUUUGCUUCUUGCAAACUCUCUGUUUUGUCAGACCUUUUGUGCUAUUGAACAUUGUUUUUCCAAGUUCAAGGGCUGAGCAUGAUAGUUUGCAAUGAAUGAGUCACAUGACAUUUGCUAGUAAACUCUGUUUCUUUUAUUGCAUUCCUCUACUUCCCAUUUAGUGCAAAUCUGUUAAUGAAUGAAUCACUUGAAAUUUUUUAUUAAAUUCGGUUUCUUUGAUUGCACUCCUCUGCUUCCCAUUUGGUGCAAAUAUAUUAAUAAAUGAGUCUAUUCCAGCUUGCCCCCAGAGGUAUAUAUUCCUGCGUCCGCCACUGAAUAGCGUAGUCAGGAAUUUUUGUUAAGGGGGUCAAUGCAUAGCAAAGUUUAAGAAAAAAUGAAGAGUGGUUUUCAAGUAGAUACUAUUCUACAAAUUUAAUCACCUAAAUAGCCUACAUAUUCACCUAAGUUAUUUGGUAUAAUAAAAUAGGUAAGAAAACCUGUAAAUCAUGACAAGAGAAACAUACUACUGAGAAACAAGGAAAACAGAGGGAAUAGAUACAAAAGAAGUUGGUAUUCUUUGAUGAGUAAAGUAACUUUUCUUUUGUUUUAAAAUGGGCAAAUAGUGAAUUAUCUCUUCUAUCUCAUAUAGAAAAUUAUAAAUACAGUACAUAUAUAACAGAUUUUUUCAAAAUUUUGGCAAGGGUCAAAUGACUCUUAUGGGCAUUGAACUUUCUGAAGACUGAAGUGGUUCAAGAAUGCUAUUGUAUUUUCUAAGGACUGAAGUUCAUAAUAUGAAUUUCACAUGGGAAGAUAAGAAAUUUGUCUAUGAAUUUAUAAAGCUUCGAUUGGAUCUCUCUGGAGUCUGCAGUUAAUUGCUGGUUAGUUUUUCUUUCUGUAUGUGCAGAACUACAGAAGAGAGCAGCAACUUAGCUUAAUAAGCUUAGCAAGAAGAUGGCAUGGCUACCUUGGAUGGUGCGGAAGCCGGUUUAUUUUCUGGGGAGGCAAUGGAACGGUGUCGACAUAGUUAGUGUUUUCACCCUUGGUGCUAUACAUCUUCUUGCUCUUCUGGCGCCAUUUCAUUUCACAUGGUCUGCGUUUUGGUUGGGCGUAGCACUCUACUAUGUCACUGGUGUGGGGGUAACUUUAUCUUUUCAUAGAAAUCUCGCCCACGGAAGCUUCAAGCUUCCCAAAUGGCUCGAAUACUUCUUCGCCUAUUGCGCCGUUCAUUCGCUUCAGGGAAGUCCACUAGAAUGGGUUAGCUCACACAGGAGUCACCACCAGUUUGUGGACACGCCGAAUGACCCUCAUACCCCUCUUAAGGGUUUCUGGUUUAGUCACAUUGGUUGGAUCUUUGAUUAUCGUAAACGUUUUGGAAGUUAUGAUGGAAAACUAUACAAUGUUGGAGAUUUGAAAAAACAGACAUAUUAUAAGUUUCUUCACUACACGCACCCUUAUCAUUCUAUUGCUUGUGGAGUUGUACUCUAUCGCAUAGGAGGAAUGCCCUAUUUAGUUUGGGCACUGGCUGUGAGAACGAUAUUUUUUCUCCAUGUAACUUUUUCAAUAAAUUCGGUUUGCCACAUAUGGGGAAACCAAGUAUGGGAUACUGGUGAUUUGUCCAAAAACAACUGGUUAUGCGGAUUGCUAGCUCAUGGAGAAGGUUGGCACAAUAACCACCAUGCUUUUGAGUACUCAGCUCGACAAGGUUUUGAAUGGUGGCAAAUUGAUAUUACUUGGUAUCUGAUAAGGUUUCUUGAGAUUGUUGGUUUGGCAACGGAUGUUAAGCUCCCGACUGAGCUUCAGAAGAACCGAAAAGCUUUGUCAAACAAAAUCAGUAGCAUGGAGCAGGAGGGAAGGUUUGAAACAAAAGUGAAAUGAUUUAAGAGGAAACCUAUCUGCUCAGAAUCUCAGAUCGAUAUAAUCUGAUAUAAGCAUAUGAGUACAAGUACAUGCAUUGUGCUAUAUAUAUGUCGAUAUGUUUUAAUACGGUUUUAUCAACAUAUCUCCUUUUGGUGAGUAAUAUUUACCAAGUGAAAAUAAGUGGAAACUAGUCUGCAAAUUAAUAUAGAUCGAGUUUAUCUUUCUCA